UGCCGCCGCUCUUCCCGCUGGCCUUCUUCUACGCCCCUCUCGCCCUCGCCACAUUUCCCCCUCCCCCUCCCCUCUUCUCGGCCGGGGGUUGAAGUAGGAGCUGCGAGAUCCAGUGCGCAGGCGCUUAGAGUCAAUCGGUCUGUCCGCUUGCCUGCUCUCGCAUUUGCCGCUACGACUGCCUGAGCGAGCCAGCGAGCGAGAGGGCGUUGAGUGAGUGAGUGAGAGUCGAGUGGAGAGCGAGUGGGUGAAUGAGUGAAAAGUGGGCUGUGCGAGGGUGAGAGUUAAUGGGCGAUGGUGGGCGAGGGGCAGAGAGUGUAGCGCAGCACUGUGGGGGACUACACCGCGGCUUGUCUCUUGUCCAUCUUCUCAGGCAUGGAGAUUGAGUGUGCGGCAGCUUGAAGCUUGAAGCGAGGCGGGCCGCCAGUGCAGCGUUGUGUUGUGUAGUGUAGUGGCCGUCGUCGCGUUGAGGGUAAAUUGUGUAGCACAGCACUUUGACCGAAUGCAAAGCUCGAGCUCGAGCGUACGUGCAGGCAUGAUUUCCCGAGGCGGCAUGCGGAGGAGCUUGCCAGAGCAUGGAUUCUGAGGCUGUGCACGACGAGGUGUUAUAAGCUCCCGCCUGGCUCUCACUUCCUGGCCCGACCUGCGUUGGAUACGUUCUCACAGAGGCGCUGGCGAUUCCCCCACCGAUGAGAUUUGGGUCUAGGUGCGAAGCAGAUAUGGAGCAAUUUGGGACGGGCGAACGCAAGCUGGAACACCAAUGACGUCGGUUCUUGACCGGGGCAGAGGGACGGACGCCGGGGCUGGAGAAUGUCAUCUGGUCGUCAUGUGUGGAAACUUGGUUGGCAAUUGUAAAGUCUAGCUGAAGACACUGGAGAAGCGCCAGGGGGCUCGUUUUGGCAGCCGAGCAGUCAUGGAAGGGACUCUGUCUGCCAUGGACACGCAUCUGGCGUCUACAUUCCAUAUUGGCCAAAGCAACGAGGAGAUGAAGCAUCUCUUGAUUUGCGCGACGCUGGAGCUGGAAUCCGCGAAGGCCGAGGGCCAGAUCCACGAAGCGAAGGUGCGGCACCACGAGGCGCGAGUGCGGCAUCUGGAGGAGGUGUUGAGUAAGAUGCGCAAGGAGAGGGAUGAGUAUAGGGACAAGUGCAAUCAGCUUCAGGCCAGGAGCAGCAUCAGCAGCAGCAGCAGCUGGAUUUGCAACAUUUGGAAAUGCAGCAGCAAAUCCACGGGCACCAUCUCGAGCUGCAGCCGCAUCACAUGAUCGAUAUGCCGGAGCUCCGGCAGGACCCGACCCACAUGUCGUCCCAGCAAUUGGACCAGUUCCAGCAGCAGAUUGACAUGCAGCAGCACCCGGGCGACCAAGCGCGCGAGCAGCUGGCCCUGGACAUGCACUCGCCCGACCGCCAAUCGGCCAAUGCGCAGUGCACCGAAGGCCUGAAUCCCGGCAGCGUCACCAGCACUCCGUGGAGCGACUUCCCCACCGGCGUGCAGAUGAAGAUGCGCGGAUCCGACCAAUCGUGCUCCAUCCUCGACGAGUCCCUCCGGCUGCACAUGGAUUUUCCGCAGGACGUCUCGCGAGCCCGCCUGGACCACAAUUCCCCGAGCCUUGAAGAAUUUCACGACCACCAGAUGCAAUUGCAAUUGCAGCAGCAGCAACGACAGCAUCAACAUCAACAUCAACAGCAGCAACAGCAACAACAGCAGCAGCGGCAGGAAUCAGAGCAGCUGUUGGCGCACAUGCAGCACCAGCAGCGCAACUCCCCGGCCUCGCAAUGCUGCACGAUCAAUUCGUCGCAGUGUUCCACAAUUCAUAUGGGCGACGAGCAGGCCUGCCACUCGGGGCUAUCGGAGGGGCGCGACGUGGGCGUGCACGGCAUGUCGGUCCUGCCGCACUCGAGCUGGCAAAUGCCGCCACACUCGAGCUCGCUGAUGCAGAACGGGCUCGUGUCCUCGUCGGUUUCCAACUUAGACAUCGACGCGUACGCGAUGGUGUCGCCCGCCAUACCGACGCACCACCAAUCGGCCCCCCAACUUCUGCAGAGCGGAUCGGCCGUGGCGUCGAUUCUGAGCCCGCUGGAGAGAUAUGGCGAUUCGCCAUCGAGCAGCCUGCUGUCGCCGAGGCCGAUGCAUCUGCCAGUGCCGCCCGAGGCCGAUAUGCAGCACAUUCUGAAUUCGCUUCCGGAGAAGGGCAAAUUGCUGCAGGCCGUGAUGAAGGCGGGGCCAUUGCUGCAGACGCUGCUGCUGUCGGGGCCGCUGCCGCAGUGGCGCCACCCGCCGCCGGCGAUGGACUCAGUGGAGAUUCCCCGAGUGUCCAUGAGCUCGGCGAGCCUGGCGGUGCCGUCGCUGGAGCAGCACUCGAGCCCCGUGAGCGGCAUGGGGCGCAACGGGGGCAGCGCUUACAGCAGCCACGGCAUGCGCAUGUCGAUGCACAACACCGCGGCGUCCAACGGGGGGCUAUGCCACGCCAUGUCGCUGCCGGUGGCCGGCAUCAGCACGGGGCUAAACCCGCCCCUGGGGUCGCAGAGAUCGUUGCCCCAACGAUUACCCCUGUCAAAUAGCCACCUGAGCCACGAUAUGAGCCUCCUGGGACCGCCUCUGAAAUACGCCAAAAUACACUAAGCCUAAGCUAAAACCCGAUGAUUCUUUCACACCCCCACCCCCAACCCCAACCCCUUUCCCCUGCCCCUGCCCCUGCCCCUUCCCCACCCCCCGUCUUGUACAUUUGUUCUUGUCUAAGCUUACAGUCAGCCAACAGUUAUACUUCAUUUAUGGGGAUCGUCCCCUUGUUCUUCACAGAAAGCAAAGGAUUUUUGCGACCUGAGUUGAGAUGAGAUGAGUUGUAAUUUAUUCACACCGUUGUAUAGUCGAACAGGUGAAACUCCCGUCUGCCGUACAGCUUGCUCACAAUAUAGUGCUGCCGCGGCUGGUCCGCGGUGACGGACCAGCGCAGCGUGGCGGAUAGUUUUAGUGGCGGAUUGGCAGAAGUGAUGUGCUUUUGUGACAACAAUCAGUAGGUGAGAUCGUGUAGGCCUGUUUUUGACAACUGCACUUGUAGGCUAGAAGUGAAUUGAGAAGGUGGUGGUGUUCUGAUUUGCUGCCGAGCCCCGCCCCGCCUGCCGGUGCCUCAGAUUGUGCAUUUACUCAUUCGGGUGGCACGCCGGUCGGCUGCUCGCUCGGCUGUGUCCUCGAGAGGACGGUCUAUGAAACGAUACUCGCGCCAAUCAACGAGUUUUGCACCUGUGGGGCUGCAGUUGAGCACUCACAUUCUGUUGGAGAAAUUCUCCUUGUUAAAUAAAUUUAAAGGGUUUUCAUCAC